GCCUGGGCGGUCGAUGGUGGGCAGUGGACGAUGGACAGUCGAGAAAUGAACAGAUGAGGCUGCUCCUUCUUCAAGCCGGAUAGUGUAAGCCACAACAACCCGGAACCUGGAAGCGCUCGCUCGACCAUGGCUCCGUGGCCCGAGAGAGGGGCCCCUUCCCGUCUGGCCUCGCCGGUCCCGCCGCCGAUGCCGCCGCCGCCGCAGCUACCGCCUCCGCCUCCACCGCAGAGCCAGCACUUGUCGACCCCGCGACAUGUACGCGCCGGCUCCGCAGCAGAACGGUAUCGAAGCACCUCGCGGGUUUCCGAGGUCGAUGUCUGGGACACCAUGCAGAACCACCAGAUCCAGGUCGACUCCAGUUCGUCCGACGAAGGUCUCCACCCCCGGAGCCGCCCGCGGCCCCGCCACACCCGCUCCGUGAGCCAUCCGUUUCCCUCGCUCUUCUCCAGCAAGAAGAAGCGAUCCAGCCCAAAGGUCGCCGCCGACGACGAGUCCACCUCCGAGUCCGCCGGCGAGCGGCCCAGCCUAGGGGCCAAGCCGUCGUCGCCGAUGCGCGGCCAUCGCAACGGCUCCUCGGCCGGGAGCAGGGAUUUCGCGACGGGGCGCUGCAUGACGUGUGGGUCGCUGUUGCGCUGGCCGCGGGACUUGCUGGUGUUCAAGUGCACCAUUUGCGUGACCAUCAAUGACCUGCAGCCCGUCGAUCGCCUUGACAGGCCCGGGAACGCUCCUGAUGCUGCGGGGGUGGCCGAAGAACGGGCAACGUCAAAGGACAAAGCCAUCUCCCUCACCUACACCAAGUCUUUAGCCGAGCGGUGUCUGCGUUCUUUCCUGGUUUCCGUUCUGAAGAGACCAACCUCCGAUGGUCUGCCGAUCGAGAAGGCGCCUCCCGUCGCCUAUUCUCACCGCCCGCGCAUCCAAACCAGCCCCUCAGCGCCGUCCGCAACUACACCUCUGAGGCUGCGACCGAGGAUUUCCCCGACUUCCGAGCCAUGGCUGGCCCCUGGCGGACACAGGGGCGCGGCACAACAUCGCCGCGCUCCAAGCUGGGCCGGCUCUACUACUACGACGCCGCACUUCGCUGCGUCUCCUGAGAGGCAGCCAAGGCAUCUUGACGUCUCCCCACAUCCACUCGGCAGGCCACCGGACUACCCCCCGUCACUGAGCCCGCAAGUCGAGCCAAAGCAGAUAUUCAGGCCGCUGGAAGAUUAUAUUGUCGCGUGUUUCACUUCGUUUCACUGUCUCAAUUCCUCCUUUUUGACCCCUCGAGGUCAUCCUCCUGCCAGACUCGGCGCGGAAACCAGGCCACGCCGCCCUUCCGGGCCUGGGGAGCCCCGAAGAGAGCCCCAGCCCGCAAGCUACUUGGUUCCCGAUCUCGAUCCGAAACUUCUGCUCCUUGGAGACGUUGCCGAAAACGGCAGCUGGUGGGCGGGCUGGGAGGAAGCGGCCCCUGCCAAAACGGCAUCCAACAGGAGCCAGAACGGCCCGUCGACUGUCAGUUCCAGGAGUCCACAUAUUGACUGGGCGGCUCUGGAGGAGUGGUACUCGACCGCCAUCGAGGCAGGUCGGCCAUGGUCCGAUAUGUACGACAGUUUGAUAGCUGAAGAUCCUGGUCUCGCGGUCUCUCCUUCUGUGUUGCAGGAUAUCGAGGCCCAAAUUCUCAUCGGGCAGGAACACGUCCAGAAAGCACUGCUGAAGGCUUGCGAGACCAUUCUCAAACGGCCAGGACGCCGCAUCACCGAACCCCAGGAACUCCGGUUCCUGCUUCUCAUUGCCGCGAACCCCCUUUUACACGCCUCAUACAAGCCGUACGCAGGCAGGUUUCCACGCCCACACAGCGCUCUUCCGACACCGAACGGUGUCUCCCCUCAAAGCUCAGGGCCUGCAUCAGGGCGACAUUCGGCCAUCAUCAAACGCAUCAUAGGACUCCUGUCAAACGCCCCUCCCGAGUGUCACAACCACCUCGUUGCCUGGUUCGCCAGGUAUCCCGAGUCCCGGUUCGUGCAGACAAAGGACUUGGUGGCUGGAUUCCUGGCCUACCGUCUCCUCCGCCAGAACGAGAAAAAGUACGAGGCCCGAAUCGAUUACAUGGCUGGCCUGGUCCCGAGCAUGGCGGACGGCCAGUCUUCGGCGUCGCUCCACGCCGCAUUAGGCCACACACAACGCUCAAGCAAGAAGCAACAGCAGGAGAAGAAGCCGGUCGUCUACCAGGAGGACUGGCAGAUCAAGGCUGCAGCCCAAGUUCUCGGGUUCUUGUUCGCAGCGAACAACAUGGGCCACGCACGCCGGGGACUCACCAACCGUCCAAACGCCGCCGGCAACAAGGACCGAGAUUUCGUGCGGGCACCGGGCCAGAUCCUUGCAACGAGCGACUUCUACAUGACGCUCCUGGACGAGUCGGAUCUUGUCGCCGAUUUCGAGACCUGGGAGCGGGGCCAAGGCAGGUUCUCGUUCUGCCAGCACCCGUUCCUUCUGAGCAUCGGAGCCAAGAUCCGGAUAUUAGAGCACGAUGCGAGGCGGCAGAUGGAGCACAAGGCCCGCGACGCCUUCUUUGACAGCAUCAUGACGAACCGGGCCGUCCAGCAGUUUCUGGUCCUGAACAUCCGCCGCGAGUGUCUGGUUGAGGAUAGCCUGAAGGCUGUCAGCGAGGUGAUUGGGAGCGGAGGGGAGGAAAUCAAGAAGGGGCUCAAGAUCAAUUUCCAGGGCGAAGAGGGGGUCGAUGCCGGGGGGCUCAGGAAGGAGUGGUUCCUCCUUCUCGUCAGGGAGGUGUUCAACCCUGAUCACGGUACGUUCCUCUCCCCUCCCCUUCCCUUGGGCCAUCGUUGUCGGACGAGCGGUUGCUGACCUCUGUCCCCAGGCAUGUUCCUUUACGACGAAGACUCGCAUUACUGCUACUUCAAUCCCAACUCGCUCGAGCCGUCGGAGCAAUUCUUCCUCGUCGGCGUCGUGCUCGGCCUCGCCAUCUACAACUCCACCAUCCUGGACAUCGCCCUCCCGCCCUUCGCCUUCCGCAAGCUCCUAC